AUGACUAACGCUCGUUUUUCUCUGUUUCCCAGAGAACAAAUGGCACCUAGACUCCCUCCUCCACCGCAGCCCAACGAACCUAAUGCGUCCAACAACGCUAGGUUGUUGGAAACAGUUAUCGAUAGACUUCAACAGCAGAACACUACUUUGAUGGCUCAAAACGCUACCCUAAUGCAGCAGAACGAGAAUGCUAUGCAGAGUUUGGAGGCCUCUCGCGCCAACUCUGAAGCUACUAAAAAACAAUUGAUGGAGAUUUUAGCGGCAACCAGGAAUACCCCGGGAGCGUCCUUUUCCAACGCUACCCAUCAGGCUGAGUGGAGUUUGGAAAGCUUCCUUCAACACCAUCCUGCAAAGUUCAGUGGAAAAUGCCUUCCUGAUGAGGCGGACCAAUGGCUGAGGGAUAUGGAACGUAUCUACGACACUAAGAGGUGUCCGGAUGACAACUGGUUGGCCUUUACGGGGUAUUUGCUGACUAGAGAAGCUAGCCACUGGUGGGCGAGUAUGAAGAUGUUACUGACUGAAGCUCAGAGUCCCAUUUCCUGGGAGGUUUUCAGGGCUAAGUUCUAUGAAGAGUAUUUCCCUGACAGCGUUUGCUUUGCCAAGGAAGUGGAAUUUCUACAGUUGGUACAAGGGAGGAUGUCCGUCUCGGAGUAUACAAACAAAUUUAAGCAUCUGGUCCGUUUUAAUACCACGGUUGCAAGUGAAGAGUGGCAAUGUCGAAAGUUUGAGAACGGGAUGAGGAGUGACUUGAAAGUAUUGAUAUCCAGCCUGUGUAUUAGGUCGUUCCCUGCUAUGGUCGAGAGAGCCAAGGUGUUGGAGAAGAACGUUGUUGAGGCAGAACAACAAAAGAAACAACAAAUGGGUAGGGUGCCAGUUGUAUCAAGAAAUACUUCGAACGUGAGAAGGUCUCCUUACGUUCGUCCAACCCAAUCUCCUAGUGGAUCACAAGCAAUGGUUACUGUCGGUCAGUCUGGACAGCAGAGAAAUGUAACUUGCUUUCAGUGUGGAGGACCGCACUACCGAUGGGCAUGUCCUCAACUAUCAGGAGGAAAGUAUUGCAACAAAUGCAGAAGAAAUGGACAUUUAGAGCAUGAGUGUAACAUGGGAGGUCGUGCGACAAUGAGGCCGCCGAACGCUGGGAGAACACAACAAGGGAGAUGUGGACGUGCGCAGGCAGUGGGGAGAGUGUAUGCAAUCACGGGUGCUGAAGCUGCUAGUUCAGACUGUGGUAAGAAGGAGUUAGUCUUUCCUGAUGAAGAAGAAGAGGAAUUAUUUGUGACGCUCGGUCAAUUGAAGGAAGACAUCAUGGAAGGCGCCAGCUGUUUUCUAAUUAUGACACACGAAGAUCAGGAAUUCGGAAGGUUGGAGCAAGAACGAUGGUCCAGUAGUGGCCAUAAGGGACGAUCGGUUGUGGAUGAAUUCCCGGACGUCUUUCCAGAAGAAAUACCUGGGCUUCCCCCUCCUCGUGAAGUUAAAUUCACCAUUGAUUUGGUGACGAUGGCAGCACCCAUCUCGGUUCAACCUUAUCGUAUGCCGCCUGUUGAGUUAGCUGAACUAAAAACGCAGAUUGAAGAAUUGAUGGAUAGACAGUUCAUCGGGCCGAGCGUAUCACCCUGGGGAGCGCCUGUACUCUUGGUAAAGAAGAAAGAUGGCAGCUCUCGGCUUUGUAUUGACUACAGACAAUUAAACAAGCUGACCAUCAAGAACAAGUACCCAUUGCCAAGGAUAGAUGAUUUGUUGGAUCAACUGCAUGGGGCCGCAGUAUUCUCGAAAAUUGAUUUGAGAUCUGGAUAUCAUCAAAUCAGAGUUAAGGAGGAAGACAUCCAGAAGACAGCGUUUAGAUCUCGUUAUGGACAUUAUGAGUACGUGGUGAUGCCAUUCGGAGUAACGAACGCUCCAGCAGUGUUCAUGGAAUAUAUGAAUCGCAUCUUCAGGCCGUACUUGGACAAGUUUGUGGUUGUCUUCAUAGAUGAUAUUCUCAUCUACUCCAAGACCCAGGACGAACAUGAAGAACACUUGAGAAUUGUACUUGGCGUACUGAGGGAGAAGGAGUUGUAUGCCAAAUUAUCAAAAUGUGAGUUCUAA